CCAGGUGCGAGUGGAGAGAGAAAGACACAGACACCUACGAGUUACACAGCAUUUCAAUAGCUGAAAGAUAUGGCCUCCGCUGCAGCAUCACCCACCCCCUCACUGGAGAAGCAAUUGCAAUGCUCCAUCUGCCUAGAUCUAUUUGAGGAUCCCGUCACUACAGCUUGUGGCCACUCUUUUUGUAAGAAAUGUUUGCAACGUAACUUUAGUCUCAGUGUUCAAGCGUGCCCACUAUGCAAGCAGCAUCUGAUGAAAACCCCAGAGUCGAACAUCGUCCUGAGAAGCAUUGUCGAGCAGGUGAAAAAGAUCCCGAAGGAAGACGUUGAGAAGUACACCGGGGCGCCCGGCGAAGUGGCCUGUGACAUUUGCACAGAACGAAAGCUCAAGGCUACAAAGUCCUGCCUUGUGUGCCUUGCGUCAUAUUGUUUGACCCACCUUGAGAAUCAUUCUUCAACUGAAAGGUUGAAGUGCCACAAGUUGGUGCAUCCUGUCGAGAACCUGGAUGAGAGGGCCUGUCUGAAGCAUGGACGGCCCUUGGAGCUAUACAGCAGAAAGAGGGAGAAAUGCAUUUGUGUACGCUGUUUGGAAGAAGAUCAGGGGGAGGUUGUGUCUACUGAACACGAAUGGGAACAGAAGAAGGUCAAGCUUGACAACACAAAGGCAGACUUGCAAGAGAAGAUUAAGAAGAGAAAAACACGAGUGGAUGAGAUUAAUACAUCUCUAAAGAGCUGCAAGGACCAAAUGGACAAAGAGUGGUGGGAUAUUGAGGGUGUGUUCAGCGCUUUGAUUGCCAAUGUGGAGGAAGCCCAAGCUGCGGCUCUUAAGCCACUAAACGACAGAAGGGAGGUUGUGGAGAAAGAUGCAAAAUACAUCAAAGAGAAUUUGGAAAAAGAGAUUAGAGAACUUGAGAAAACGGUCUCUCAGCUGGACGAUAUAUCUGCGCUUGAAGAUCACAUCCUUUUCCUUCAGAGGUACCCAUCACUUCAAGAGUUGGACUUGAAAGACUCAACGAAGGUAGAGUUUGACACAUCAGUGUCUUUUGGCACCAUGAGAAAGACCACAACAGCCAUGUUGGAACAAUUUCAACAGCAACUGGACAAGCUGACCUCCAUUGGUAAAAGUUAAAAUCAUGAUAAUGAAUGUUAAGAUCUAAAAUGUUGACAAAAUUGAUUCAGUCCUCACGAGGAGAAAAACUCUGGUCCUUUGAUCAUUUCUGCUGUGAAACAUUGCGAGAAGGAUGUCAAUGAAGUGAAGAAAGUGCAAGACUAGCAGUUAAAAUGUUGUCUUUUUCUGGGAGUUUGGUAAAUCCUUCCCCAUCGAAGCUUGAUGACUUUGCAAUAAUUAAUCAAUAGCAGAGUUGUGAGGAAUCUGUAGAAUCAGAAUUUAUAAAAUGUUUUGUGAACUUGUAGGUGGAACUAUAAAUGAUGAGUCGGCAACACGGUGUGCUGAAAACAAGCCUUUGGGAAUAAUAAUGCAAUAUUAGGGGAUGCUAGUUCAGCUACAUUUCCCAUUAGCAUUAGGGUGGCGUAGUAGGUGGCGGUGUCAUUGAAAAGACCACAAAAUACUGAGUGUCUUUAUGUAUUAUAUUCAUGUUUUUCAUACUUUAUCAUAUACAACCUUCAACAAAGCUGUAGCUUAAUACCAGUAGCUUGGCUUUAUGAGCUACUGAAUGGGGACAUUUUCAUAUACAGCCAUGAUACAGGCUAAAUGCAUUCAAAGGUUUAACACUGUUUUAUGAACAAAUUGGUAAAAUUGAUAGUAUAAGAUUUAUUCAACUUAAUUACAAACAAUGAUAUCUUUUUUUGUAUUUACUUUCUUUGAUUGGGUGGAGAGGGGAUUAUUUUACUGGGCAGGAAAUAUCAAGUCUGUGUCUUCAUACAAUGUACCCUCAAUAUUUACAACAUAUACUGUAAUAACAUAUUUUUGAAUUAUUACAUAAAUAAAAAAUAAACUAUUGAUAACAAA